AGCUCGAUUGCCAGAAAUCGGCAAUCAUCGCAUCCUGGCAGAAGACGGUCCACGGUCUUGAUGAGCUUGCAGCUGAACGAUCCUACCAUGCCACCGCCUGGAGAGAUGGUACACGAGGGAACACCUGUGUAUCGCACAGCCAGUCCACAAUCAAUGCAAGCUUCGCCGAUCACUUCAAGUGGUGAACCCCAGCUCCCUCAGCACUUCCGCGCACCUAGUCUGGGAGAGAUCCACCAAGAAUUAGAGCAGGAACAAGAGGCACAAGUUAAUCGCUUACUUCAAAUGAUCCGCGCUCAACAACAGCAGCUCCAGCAAUUGCAGGCAGCUUCUGGUCAGAGCAAUGCUACGCCUCCCGUCAUUGAUGAGUUCACUCCGACAUCUGAACGUUCAAUGUCCUUCUCGACUGCUGGUGUCCAGCAACAGUCAACCGUGUCUACGCCACGUUCUCCAAGCGCUGCUCUGCAUCCUCGCAGCUCUUUCGACUUAGCUCGCGCCGACCUUCAGCAACGACGAUCCAGAACCCCAAGCCGAACAGCAUCACCUAGACUCAGGUCAACUUCGAUCAGCGGGGAGGGUGAGCCAUUCAGCCUGGCAGGACGCGAUGAGAGCGCUUUCUAUCAGGCCGAGACUCAGAUGAUGAUCAGAGAGAACCAGAUGCUGCGCCAGAGGAUCAGAGAAUUAGAACGUCAAGUUAGUGAAUUACAUGUGAACUCGGCUAUCACUCACGAGCCAGCCACCCCUUCACAACUACUCCGCUCAGAAUCCAUCUCUGAGCUGUCCGCCCCAAGCAUAUCUCCAGCA